AUAUACGGGUUGCUUCGGAUAUAUUCCUAAAAUGAAAGUAUCAAAAAGUAGGACAUUAGCGUUACGUCAAGAUUUAUGUACAAAGUCCACACAUGGACUAUCUAGAGGCCGUCAUGGGCAACUCAUUUGGGAAAGCAGCUGUAAUUGAUUUUGGUGUGCAAUGGGCGCUUUGGGCUGUUGCUUCUGCGUUAAAAACUGAGAAAUUUUACGAUUUAGCGGGUUCAGGGACAUUUCUUUAUUUGGCAUAUCAAACAUUGAAAUGGGGCGGGACAUACUACCCCCGACAGAAAGUGACUACAGGAUUAGUAAUGACAUGGGCUGCAAGGUUAGGCUUAUUUCUCUUCACACGUGUUCUAAAGGAAGGAAAGGACAGUAGAUUUGAUAAAGUAAAAGGCAAGCCUGGUUUGUUCUGGGUUUACUGGACCGUACAAGGAAUGUGGAUUUUCACCACACUACUACCACUUAUGGUGCUGAAUAACAAGAAAGAAGACAAGCCUUUGUGUACAAGAGAUUAUGUAGGCUGGGGACUAUGGGCUCUGGGUUUCCUGUUUGAAACUAUUGCUGAUCAUCAAAAAUCUGCGUUUAAAGGCAAUCCAGAUAAUGCUGGGAAGUUUAUCACCACAGGACUGUGGAGUAUUUCAAGAUAUCCAAAUUACUUUGGAGAAAUCUGCAUGUGGCUGGGCAUCUUCAUUUCAUCAUCAUCUGCUAUGACAAAACCUAUAGAAUAUGGCUCUGUUAUCUCACCUUUAUUUGUUAUAUUCUUGUUGUUAAAAUUGAGCGGUAUCCCACUACAGGAACGGCAGCAAUUGAAACGCUGGGGAGAUAAUCCUGCAUUUAAAGCUUACGUGAAAAAUACUGCAAAACUAAUUCCAUUUAUUUGGUAGUAUCAUGUAUGGUUGUACAUUCACGAAAACAUUAUAUACACUACUCGAGAUAUGGACAUUAAUGGACAUUUCUUAUAUAAUAGAUGACAUCAGGAAGUGUGUUUUAAAACUGAACAGUACCUAUAUUAGCUUGACUUCUGGAAGAAAAAUUUUAGGUUGUUGUUCCCAAUCCCAUGGCUGUCCAGACAACUCUUUGGCAAAUAUUUUAGCUCACCAGGCCCAAGGGUUAUAAAGAAAUUCUUCAAGCUCAAACUCAGGUAUUUGAUUGGUCAGAAACUGUCACAGAAUGUACAGUGACCAAUGAAAAUUCUGAGAUUUGAGACUGAACUAAAAAAAGUUUUAUAACCUCUAGUCCUGAUCACAAAUACUCAAAGUGAGCAUUUUCUAUCACAAUUUGUCAGGGUUUAAAAGUUUUGUUCAGUUUACUCUGCAUCAGGGAACCUCCAUGAAUUGAUAAUGACAUGGGAUGUAAUGUUACAAAAUUUGGCUGUAAAUUUUCUUGCUUUGGAAAAUGAAACAAGAAUCUUAUUUUCUCAUUCUCUUCUUUACAUGUGAACAUUUUUUUAGUUUUACAUUGCUCUUAAAUUCUAUCUACCAUAUAAUUUAUCAUCAUUUAUCUAAUUAAUUUCAAGUUAUAAUUUGAUACAUUAGUGUGAUAAAAAUAUAAAUGUAUGUAACAUUAAAGGGUAUAAAAGCUAUAAUUAAUAUUUCUAUUACAUCUUUAAAUGUUAAAAUAAUUGAUUCUCCAGGAGUUGUAACAUAGAAUAUCUUUUAUUAAACUCACAUUAAUGUAUCAGUAAACAGAUAUAAAAAUUCAAACAAUUUUGUAAUCUUUAGUCUGCUAGUUUAUAGCUAUAUACACUGUUAUUUUAAACAUGCAAAUACAUGUACAUGAUUUCUUUCUACUAUAAAACUGUUUAACCAGGAGAAUUAUUACUUGACCUUGUCAUGUUAUGUUUUUGUAUUCAGACAUAUUUAUAUUAAUUAAAUGAUGUAACUCGGAAAAAGGUCAAUUUUUAUAAGUUCAAGCAAGUAAGGUUCACAUCAUUUAACUGCCAUAUAGUACUAGUAUCAUGAGAUACAUAAUAGAGAAAAUGAAUAUAAUAUUCAUCAUCAGUUCAAUGCAUAUUAUCUGGGGUCCUCAGGGAAAAUAUUACCUACUGCAGUGUCAGAUAGGAAAAGUAUUUACAAAAUAAAGUUAUAAACUAUGUGUAUUAUCAGGUACGUAUAUAAAUAUAUGUACCUGGUAUUAUGUUUUAAUCUAUGUGUUCUGUUUUAAUCAUAUUCAACAUUUCUAUCUAAACAAAAUUAGAACUGCCACUUGACUGGCAAGGAUAUUCCUACAUUCCACUUCAUUAAUAGGGUAUACAUUUACAACAUGAUACUAGUAAGACUUGCCAAAGAUACAUACAUGUAAUUAUAUAGUUGAAACUAAACUACACCUUUUUCUAAGGUAAUCAACCAAUUCCAUUUUCAUGCAUAUAAGAAGGGCAAUCUAAGAUGCUUGAAAUAAUGCAUGUAGGGGUAUUUUCCUCCACCAGAAAAGCUGGAAAGUUGCUGUAUGAUGCAAUGUAAAACACUACUAUCAUUGUUUUAUUAACCAGGUUUUCCGAAGGAAAAAACUGGUUAUUAGAUUGAGGUAUGUCGGCGGGCGGGCGGGCGUAAACAAUUUCUUCUGUGCGCAACUCCUCCUACAUUUCUCAAUAGAUUUUGACCAAACUUUCACAAAACCUUUGUCAUCAAGUGCCCUGGCCCAUAUUGUCGGGGUUUUGUGAUUGGAUAAUAUUUGACCUAAUUAUGGCCCUUUGUUUUUUUUUCCUUAUAUAGAAUAUAUAGUGAAAAAUUCUUCUGUGCACAACUCCUACAUUUCUCAAUGGACUUUGACCAAACUUUCACAGAAGCUUUGUAAUUAAGUGCCCUUGCACAUAUUGUCAGGGUUUUGUGAUUGGAUAAUAUUUGACCUAAUUAUGGCCCUUUGUUUUUUUUUCCUUAUAUAGAAUAUAUAGUGAAAAAAUUCUUCUGUGCGCAACUCCUCCUACAUUUCUCAAUGUAUUUUGACCAAACUUUCACAGAAGCUUUUUUAUAAAGUGCCCAUUGCGCAUAUGGUCGGGGUUUUGUGAUUGGAUAAUAUUUGACCUAAUUAUGGCCCUUUGUUUUUUUUCGUUAUAUAGAAUAUUAGUGAACAAUUUCUUCUGUGCGCAACUCCCCCUACAUUUCUCAAUGGAUUUUGACCAAACUUUCACAGAAGCUUUGUAAUUAAGUGCCCUUGCACAUGUUAUCAGGGUUUUGUGAUUGGAUAAUAUUUGACCUAAUUAUGGCCCUUUGUUUUUUUUUCCCUUAUAUAGAAUAUAUAGUGAAAAAUUCUUCUGUGCGCAACUCCUCCUACAUUUCUCAAUGUAUUUUGACCAAACUUUUCACAGAAGCUUUGUUAUCAAGUGCCCAUUGCACAUAUUGUCGGGGUUUUGUGAUUGAAUAAUAUUUGACCUAAUUAUAGCGCUUUGUUUUUUUUCCUUACACUGAAUAUAUAAUGAACAAUUUCUUCUGUGCUCAACUCCUACAUUUCUCAAUGGAUUUUGUUCUAACUUUCACAGAAGCUUUGUCAUCAAGUGCCCUGGCGCAUAGUGUCGGGGUUUUGUGAUUGGAUAAUAUUUGACCUAAUUAUGGCCCUUUGUUUUUUUCCCUUAUACAGAAUAUAUAGUGAACACUUCUUCUGUGUGCAAUUCCUCCAACAUUAUUCAUGAUUUACAUUGCACAUAGUUACAUUGUUUGUUGCUUGUAUUUGUAUUUCAACUACAACAUAUUUAUCUACAAUGGUGAUAAUUGAAAACCUGGUUUCAUGGCAUUGCCAUGUUUCUUGUUUAGUUUUUAGCUCAC